AUGAGCAGGAUUAAUGCUGCAUACAAUAGUUGUCCUACAACUAACUCUAAAGUUUAUUAUCAAUGUUGUAGCAAAUGUAUUAAUGAAUAUGCAAAUUGUUGGAAAGCUGAAAUGAUCUCAGAGGGUAAACUUGAUCUUAAUUGCUGUUUGCUUCUGUGUGCCGGAUGUCCGGAUCAUUCGCAUGUUACCAAAAAAACCUUUAUUGUGGUUGCAUUCGUUAAUGAAGCAACUCAACAACCCAUAUCACCCCCUACUAUUUUAAAUGCUUGCACUAGAAGUGAAAAUAAUGAAUGUCCAAUUAAAGCUGGUGAAAAAUUUAAUCAAACGUUGGAAGUUAAACUUCCAAUUAAAAAAACUAAUACUACUGAUAUUUCUAUGGUUUCUUUUAUUCCGGUCAGGACUAGUUUAUAA